AUGAUGCGAAGGCGACAUUGUUCCGAGAAUACUGAUGACCAAACUGGCAAAGAGGUUGUCACUAAUGUUUUCCGGGCAGCGAAGGCUGUUGAUGAGUUCGGCGGGAUGAUUACUAAUUUAAAGAUGAAACUUGAUGACAACAUUGGUGCGAGCGAAGAAAAUGUCAAGCCCUUGUCAGAUGAGUACGUGAAUGCACUGAAGACCAUUUACAAUCGCUACAUUACCUAUUUGGAUGCAUUUGGGCUUGAGGAAACCUAUUUACGGAAGAAGGUUGAGACAGAGUUGGGAACUAAGUUGAUAUACUUGAAGAUGAGAUGCAGUGGAAUCAGUUCUGAGUGGGAAAUGUGA